UACUUGAGACAACUCUCCACAUUUGACAGUUAUUAAAGUAAAAUAAACAACUAGACAAAAUAAUACUAACAAUAGAGUUCUAUAGAAUCGUAGAAAAUUUACACAAAUAACAAUUGAAAUGAUUGGCACAAAUUUCGGUAUCUACCGUCCAAAUUCUUCUAACUCAAAUGCCGCAGGUGGGACUGCUGCGCCUGAGGAACGUGCAGCUGUUCAACAACUGAGUGACUUUAUGUUGCAGUUGGAGGAUUACGUCCCAACAGUACCAGACGCAGUAACGGCUUGCUACUUAAAUUCUGCCGGUUUCGAAUCAAAUGAUCCUCGUAUCGUACGUUUGAUAUCGGUGGCCACGCAAAAAUUUAUUUCCGAUGUUGCUAAUGACGCACUACAACAAUGCAUAACUCGUUGCAACAGUCAAAACAUUGGACCCGGGACUCAUGCUCCGGGUCAGAAAGCAACAAAAGAUCGCAAAUACACGUUAACCAUGGAGGACUUGGCGCCCGCCCUUGCAGAUUACGGCAUAACUGUGCGCAAAGCACAGUAUUUUCCAUAAGAAUUAGAUAGAAAUAAUUGCUAUUGUUACAUUACUUAUUUUCUUUUUUAUUAUGUGUUAAAGCUUUCAUUAUUAUGAAUGUCGAAAAUAAAAGAGUAGAAUUAAAGAUCUUACAAUUA